AUGCCUUUCUCAGAGGCCCACCCCGACUCCCACUACCACUACGAUGCAUCCGGCAUCUAUGCGUCGUCUUCAGAUAGUGACGGUCCUCGUACUCCCAGCUACCCGUCUCCAGAGGCAUAUUCUUAUUCGCCCGUCCAGUUCUACCCGUUAACUGAGGGCUCUGCUCCACUUUGGCCCACUCACACUUGCGCACCCGACGUCACAUUGCCGGCAGAUGUACCACUUCAUGCUCCGGUUCCUCUUCCCCCCUCGUCGUCACUGUUUUAUCCCGAAACCCCAGCAGGAAGUUACCCCAUUCAAGAGGCACCUUUCCGGCCCGGUUCAUCGUAUCCGUUGCUCGGCAAUUAUUCUUCUCACUCCCUGCUUUUUCCAGUGUCACAUACCGAUAAAUUCCCCCAGCGCAGUCAUCCAGAACUAGUACCUCUACAACCAUCCGUGCCUUUGGAAACUCCUCCUCUCGAACCUUUUGUAAAUUUUUGCAACAGCAACCCCUCCCACCGAGCCCUCUUAACCUUUCCCACUCCCAGCGAGCUACUUAAAGACCAACCGUCUGAAUCUUUUGCUCAUGAUUUUGGUCCCGACAAGGCCGAUACCGCCAGGAAAGCCCGCCGUCGUGCUAUGGCAAGGAGUAUCGGAUUUCCGCCAACAGAUCUGGACUCCAUCUCUUCACAUGAAAAAAAAAGGCACUAUCUCGAAUGCUUGGAACGAUAUGUGAUAUAUUUACAUGAGCAGCUCAACCUCACUGGCGCCCAACCUGUUCCUCUGGAGCGGGUUUCCAAUUAUCGCGGUCUCAGUAGCCGUUCCAUAAGGACGCUGCUGGUACAUAUGGAAAAUACGACGCGAAAGCUUAAUCUCCAAUGCGUGACGGAGGAGCAUAGGUUCUUGUCUCUUCGCGAUGUCCUCAUCAAGCAGGAGGCUACCGUCGCGGCGCUGAAGCAAUGUCAGCCACAUCCGAGUCCAACUGAACUGGAAGCAACGGAAUAG